UUUCAUUGAAUGUAAUAACAGUGGGGGAAAACGAUUGUUACCGCAGGUGAUGAGGGAGGGAGCACAAGGGGGAUUUGCUGAAAGCUGAAUUCUGACACAUCCACAACCAUAAAACGCAAACCUUUUGGAGCAUUUAUUUGUAGUUAGGAAAGGAGAAAACAUAGCGAGUGGUCUUCUUUUUGAGUGUGUGUGGAGACAAGAAGAAAGGGGAUACUGGAGGAACGUCCUGCAGGAUAAGGGCGCGCCUAAAAAACUCACAGAUUCAUGUGUUGUGAUUGAUUGUUCUCGGGGAAAUCGCAUCGAUUUGGGAGACAUGUUGCGGCGAGUUGUGCGUCAGAGCAAAUUCCGCCACGUCUUCGGCCAGGCCGUGAGGAACGACCAGUGCUAUGAUGACAUCCGCGUCUCCAGGGUGACAUGGGACAGCUCCUUCUGCGCCGUCAACCCAAAGUUUGUCGCCAUCAUCAUCGAGGCCAGCGGGGGCGGAGCCUUCCUUGUCCUUCCUUUACACAAAACCGGACGCAUAGACAAGGUCUUCCCUACAGUAUGUGGUCACACGGGUCCGGUGCUAGACAUUGACUGGUGUCCUCACAAUGACCUUGUUAUCGCCAGCGGUUCAGAGGACUGCACCGUUAUGGUUUGGCAGAUCCCCGAGAAUGGUCUGGAGUCUGCCCUCUCAGACGCGGUGGUGGUGUUGGAGGGCCACUCCAAGAGGGUGGGCAUCGUGUCUUGGCAUCCCACGGCUCGCAACGUUCUCCUCAGUGCAGGGUGUGACAACCAGAUCAUCAUCUGGAAUGUGGGCACGGGUGAGGCCAUGAUCAACCUGGACGACAUGCAUCCUGACGUUAUCUUUAGUGUCAGUUGGAGCCGCAACGGCAGCCUCCUCUGCACCGCUUGCAAGGACAAAAAGGUCCGCGUCGUCGACCCUCGUAAAAAGAAGAUCGUUGCAGAGAAGGACAAAGCCCAUGAGGGAGCCCGGCCAAUGAGAGCAAUCUUUUUAGCAGACGGAAAGAUUUUCACCACUGGAUUCAGCCGCAUGAGCGAGCGCCAGCUAGCGCUAUGGAAAGCUGACAACAUGGAAGAGCCCAUUUGCGUCCAAGAAAUGGACUCCAGCAACGGCGUCCUGCUCCCCUUCUUUGACCCAGACACCAAUAUAGUAUACCUGUGCGGAAAGGGUGACAGCAGCAUUCGGUACUUUGAGAUCACAGACGAAGCACCGUACGUCCACUACCUCAACACCUUCUCCACCAAGGAGCCACAAAGGGGAAUGGGGUACAUGCCCAAACGUGGACUAGAUGUCAACAAAUGUGAAAUUGCCAGGUUCUAUAAAUUACAAGAGAGAAAAUGCGAACCAAUCAUCAUGACAGUUCCCCGGAAGUCGGACCUCUUCCAGGACGACCUGUACCCGGAUACGGCAGGCCCGGACCCCGCCUUGGAGGCAGAGGAGUGGUUCGCCGGGAAAAACGGGGGCCCUAUCCUGAUCUCGCUCAAGGACGGCUACGUCCCGACCAAGGGCCGCGACCUGAAAGUGGUCAAGUCGAACGUCCUGGAGAACAAGCCAGCCACAAAGGCGGAAAACGUUUCAAACGUCCAGAAGCACGUCUCUCACGUGCCUGCGCAGCAAUCAACACAAAAGAUGGAGGAUAAACUGGAGGAGGUGCUCAGAGAGUUCAAGUCUCUGCGGGACCGGGUCAUCCUUCAGGACCGUCGUAUCGCCAGACUGGAAGAGCAGGUCGCCAAGGUUGCCAUGUAAAUCGCAAACCGCCCUGCCCCUUUCCCUUCGCGCCCCCGUCCCCUACUAGACCGGGAUUUCCGCGGCCAUCACUGCAGUGAGACCAGGUCUACAUUCCAAGAUGAACUUUUCUUCAUCAGUUCCCUCCCUUUCCCCACACGUUGUCCCCCACCCGCCGCCAUGACACUUGGUCACAAACAGAAAAAGAACUCUUUUUGUUCAAAGAAGCAGUCUUGUGUUUUUUGCGGAGGUUUUUUGUUUUGUUUUGUUUUGUUUCAAGUUGUGCUGAAAGGUUGUCAUGUGAAGUUGACUCCUCCAACUUGUAUGUAGCAUCAGUAUUUCCUGUCAUCUUCUCUGUGUUGCCAAAUAUCAAUUGUGUGCAGUUUCAUGCACUGCUUUUGACUUUUCUGUCCUGUUGUACAUUCCAGGUAGAAUGACAUAGUCAAGCUGAUUUUUCAUUUUCAUUUUUUUUUUAAACGAAAUCUCUUGAACUCCCCCCCCCCACCUCCUGCCUCCCAGUCUGUUCAUUGCUAAAGAUCAGAUUUAUGAAUGUGGAUCCUGUGAUCUUGUAGGCUUCAAAUGUAACAUUUUGGGGGUGGGGAGGGCGGUGUUGGCAGUAGCUGGGGUUGCAUAUCCAGUUGUAAAUGUUGUGCAAAUAUAGUGGUGCCUCUUGUCACUGUUAAGGGUCAAACUAUAAAAGCCUUUGCCCUGUCCAGUGCGUACCUGGUGUUGGGAAGGGACCACCACGCACACAGUUUGUGUUUCACUCGACCGCCGACAGAAAGUUCUGUGCACAUAAUAAAGAUUUUACACUCAAAACCAAACAUUAAUCCUCCCCUUUUCACUCACUCAGCACCUUCUACAUCCGUAAUAAUAAACAUACAUACAUACAGCUUUUGUAUUGGCUCUGAUGAUACUGCAGAUGUACCUAAUUAUAUUGCUGGUAAGUGUGUAUCAUAUUAUAAAAAUGUUAUAGUAAUAUUUAUUUUGGUUUUAUCCAGAAUUUGAUAUUAUAUAUAUAUAUAUAUAUAUAUGUGUGUGUGUUUUAUUCGACAUACAAAAAUAUUUUUUAUUUCAGUUUCUUAUAGAGUUUGCCUUUUUUCCAAAUUGUUUAAUUUUUGCUGGGUUUUUUGGUUUGAUUUUAUUUUUACAAUGUACCGCAGGCCAAUAAAAAACAAGCUGCGGGCCACAAAUAGCCCCCUGGCUGCACUUUGGACCCAGUAUACAGUGUUCCCUCGUUUAUCGCGGGGGAUAGGUUCCCAAAAUAGCCCACAAUAAGUGAAAUCCACGAAGUAGCCAGUUUUAUUUGUUUACAAUUAUCAUUUGUUUUAAGGCUGUUAAAACCCCUCACAAUACACUUUUCUCAGACAGCCAAUAACAUUUUCUCACAUUUUAAACACUGGAUUUUAAUGGUCAACCUACUAGAUUGGACACAGUAAGAUAUUAAGUGACUCACCAUAUUCACUGCUCUGACCGUGCUUAGCGUUUUUGUAUCCUUGUUAAAACAUAUGGCUCCUGCCGUCCUCCUCCUCCUUGUCCAAAGAUUCAUUUAGUCUGUUUAGCUGCUGCUUCUUGCAGUUUGCCGUUUGCUAGGCACAAAGGUGAUUGAUUGACAAUGAUCUACAGCCAAUCAGAACGCAGCACACAAUGAGCGGGUUCUUCUUAGCCAAUAAGGACGGUUGUGGCUCUAUAUUUUGGCCGGCUAUUGUCUGCUGUUGUGGGUUCCUAAUUGCUUGUACAGGCACGUAAACACAUAGACUAGGUGGAGCUGCACACGUCUUCAACAAGAGUAUACAACACCCUCUACUGGUAGCAGUAGUAAAUACAAUAACAGACACACAACACAGCACCGAUAGAUUGCUCUAAUACGCCACAAGGACACAGAACUCAAUGCACGUUCAUAUGCCAUUCAAAAUUACACUUAAAAAAACCGGAAAAACUGCGAAUCCGCAAAAUUUGACCCGCGACAUAGCGAGGGAACACUGUAAUACACAAUAUUUAUACUAUAGUGUACCUAACGAUGUGCCUAAUACUCAAUUUGUGAUUUUUUUCCAUUUCAUUGUAACUGUGUUGCCUUUUUAGCCAAAUAUAUAGUUGUAUAAA